AUGCGUAUGUAUCGUGUGUUGUUUAUUCUUGCAUUGCUUGUGAGUGCUGAGUGUCUCUGUAUGGCAGCUGCAGACACUGAAACUGAACUUGAGGCUAAUUCCCCUUGCAAUGAAGGUGAGAGUAACUGUCCUGCUCGUCCUCCUGCUGCAUCUGUAGACGUUGGUGAACCUGGAAGUCUUGGUACUCACAAGGAUGAAAGAGAAGAACAUAAGGUACAAGAAGAUUCACCAAUUUUACAAACCAAAGAAAAGAACUUGAAACAGACGGAAAAGGUAGCAGCUGUGGAGAAAGAAGCUGAGGAACUUCCUGAAGAAGCAGCGAUGGGUGAGAAAGGUGGUAAAGAUGUAAACAGAGAGAACUCUCAGGCACAACUGGCUUCAUCUCACUCUGCUUCAUCUUCUGGUAAUCCAUCUUUGACAACUAUCUCUCCAGCACCACCUUCUACAGAUUUAAAUCCUCCUAGUAAACCAGUCUCUAAGCAGAACCCGGGUAAAGGUGAUGAGAAAGAAGUUAGCAAUGUUGAGGGAGGUGAGAGCACUCACAGUGAAGCUCCAACGAGUGCCACUUCGCCCAACAAAGAAGAAGGACAGAGGGAGGAAACUCAAAACAACGCAACACUCACUUCCUCUACUUCCACCAGUUCAAGUGAUCCUGGCACACAAGAGAACAAUACUUCACAGGACCAGACGCCCACAACAGAGGAUUCCCAAUCAAACAACAACACAAGUGAGACCAAUAACUCAGAAAACAAGAAUUCUGACACUGCUAACACACCCAAUAAUGACGAAUCAACCGCCACCACAACCACAACCACAACACUUCCUCCUGAACUCACAAACAACAAGAAGGGUGAUGCAGACAGCAGCAGCAGUAUCAGC